AUGGCACCUCAGAAGAUCAAGCAAUGGAAGUCAGGCCAGAACGGCUUGGACAAGCUGUACAUGGAAGAAGCGGAAAUCCCAACGCCCGGCGAGGAUGAAGUGCUCGUUGAGAUCCGUUCCGUCUCCUUGAACUACAGAGACACAGAGGUAUGCAUGGGCCUAUACAACCACCACAAGCAUGUCAAGCAGCCCCCGGCCGUAGUCCCCGGCAGCGACAUGUGCGGCAUCGUCGUCGCAGUCGGCCCCUCGUCAAACACCAGUGACCCCUACAAAUCCCCCGAUUUCGUCCUCAAAGAAGGCGACCGCGUUGUGUCGACUUUUGCGCAAACCCACAUCACCGGCCAAGUGCAAGCGCGUGACCUGACCAACGGCCUCGGCAGUCCACUCCCCGGCGUCCUCACACAAUACCGCAUCUUCCCUACACACGGCCUGCUGAAGGUGCCUAAGUAUCUCUCCUUCGACGAAGCGGCGUGCUUGCCUAUUGCGGCGGUCACGGCAUGGAUGAGUCUGAACUGUAUGCGUCCCAACGGCGACAUAAUCGGUGUCGGCGAGACAGUCGUGUGCCAGGGCACAGGAGGAGUUUCGAUUUCCGCUGCACAGAUUGCCAGCGCGGCGGGCGCAGAUGUCAUCGUGACGUCCUCGUCUGACGAGAAGCUGGAGAAGGCGAAGCAGCUCGGCGCAAAGCAGGUCAUCAACUACCGCAACACACCUGAGUGGGACGAUGAAGUUUUGAGGUUGACGAGCGACCGCGGCGCAGAUGUCGUCAUUGAAGUUGGCGGUGCGCAGACAUUGCGAAAGUCUUUCGAGGCCGUGCGUUUCGGCGGAUUGAUUGCGUGUAUCGGCUAUCUGUCCGGCAAGCAGGAUGCGGAGGGUGAUAGGACGAACACCAAUUUGCUGUGCUUGAAGAGGAAUGUCACGCUCAAGGGCAUCAUUAAUGGUCCUAGGGACGAGUUUGCACGCAUGCUGAAGUUCUAUGAGGACAAACAGAUUCAUCCUGUUGUUGACAAGGUGUUUAAGUUUGAUGAGGCGGACAAGGCCCUGCAGUAUCUGUUUACGGGUGGCCACUUUGGAAAGGUUGUUGUCAUGGUCAAGGAGGAGUGA